AUGGGUUUUGGUUUUAAUUCAUUUCCAUUUCAUUCUCAUGUUAUUUUCUUUGUUCUGUUUUUAGAAAUGGACCUGGUUGGUACUGUUUUGGAUGAGGUUGCCUUGGAAGGAUUAGAAGGCAUAACUCUAUCCAGUUUAUGGGUUCGUUUAUCUGAUACAAAAUUUUCACUUAAUCCUGAUGAUGAGAAUGUUAGACAAUUCAUUUGGUUUCGUAUAAUUGUACCAAAAGCAGCCAUUAAAGAUGUACAACUGUUUCGCCUUCCACAACCUCGACCAACAAUUCAACUCUACAAUCGAUACGAUUACGUUAAUUCAGAUACAGGUGCUUGUAUUGAAAAUGAUGAUGUUCCCGAAGAUGUUUAUGGCACUGUGACACCAAUUAGCGAUGGAACUGUCCGUGGCUCGUGUACAACAUUUGAAACCAGAGUCGAUGUCACCAAAACUAUUCUAGAAAAAAACUUUUCUCUCAAGGAAAUUUCCACCAAAUAUGGAGGAAAAUUGGUUAUUGUUGCUAGUCAGAAACUUCGAGAGUUUUCCCUGAGGAUACCUUGUUUUGAUCCUUGUCUACCUUUAACACCGAUGCAAUAUUGUGUUCUUGAGAAAAUUGGUCGAGCUCGAAAAUAUGGUGAAGUAACUGUUGGUAAAGAAGCAUCAAAAUAUCGUGAAUCGCCUAAAACAUUAUUCUAUUAUCGGAAAAUUUUACUUCGACGAGGAUUAAUCAAGAAACAACAACACAUCAUUUCGAUGAGACAAACUGGACAAAAUAGAAUCGGUUUAGUUUUAACUUUACCAAGAUUUCAUUUUAUCCGGUUAAUGCCUUUGGCAAUCGCUGCUCUUAAGAUUAAUGAUUUUCUACUAAAAGAGCCCGAUUAUUCAUUUGAUUUUUACGAACUGCAAGAAAAAGUUGGAAUCAAGAAGAAACUGUACAAAGCCAUGUUCUCAAAUUAUACAAAAUAUUUCUCAGUCCAUGAAUAUAACGACGAAACUGAUGCCGGUAAAAUUAUCCGACGAAAAGUAAAAUUGGUGAAAAUUUUGGAACCUGAUGCUGAAUCAGAUGAUGACAAUGAUGGUGACGAAGAUGGUGAAGAUGGAGAUAAUGAGAUUGAAGGUUAUUCAUUGAAAAAGAUACGAAAUUUUGCCAUGUUUGCUAAAUCUUUCGACCCAAAGAGACUUCGAGUUGAUCGACAAUUAACAACCCAAGCACUGGAAACAAUUGACAAUUGUACAAAUCCGGAUGGAAUUAGUCUUCGUGAAUUAGGUGAAACUUUACGUUUACCUAAACUGGAAAUACGACAAUUAUCAAGAGUUUUAGAGCGAAAUGGUGAAGUGACCACCAUGAUGACCGAUCAUGGUAAACAGAAGAUUAAAAAGUAUCAAUCAAUUCAUCGAGUAGAACAAAGUAAAAAAAAUCUUGACGAACUGGAAGGAAUUUCUCUUGAAUUUAGUUCCAAUGAGACACUAACCUUUAUGAAGAGAGCGAAAAUAAUCUUGGAAGCUUUGAGGAAGAACAAAAUUUUCGACGAAUUGAUAACCUUUAAAAAGCUGAUCAGUGCUGCAGAGAAAGAUUCACCUUACACCAUCGAUAGAAAAUCAAUCAAAACAAUUAUCAAUAAAUUGGCCGUAAAUGGUUACGUUAGGUACAUUAAAACGCUUUUAACUUGUCAAGACAGAGAGCACAAGUUGGAAAUUGUUUGCGAUCCAAGUAUCACGGCCAAUAGUCCAUUGGUACGAGAUCGAAUUGAGACCAAUAAGUUCAGAUUUUUUGGUGCCACUGGUGACGAUUCUUACGUUAAUCGAGUUAAUAAAAAGACGAGAAGUUCAACAAUUAGAAAUGAUUCUCAUGAAUCAUUUGAUUGUGAGUUGAAAUAUAAACCGUCGAUUGCCAAACGUUAUGGUUACGAGCCGAAGAUGAAAAAAUUGAUGACAUUAUAUAAAUUCCUGUUCCAUGUGAUGUGUGUUGGAAAACAAGGAAAUUAUAAAGAUUGGCGAGAAUUUAUUCCUAAAUUAAUUCUCGGUUCUCAUGGUUGGUGUACAUUAGGUGAUAUUAUCCCGAGGAUUCCGUUAUCCAUAUUUGUUAAAAUUGUUUUCAUCAAUUAUGUUAUACCAGAAUUAGAAGAUUACCUUAAUGAUCCUGAUCGUCGUAAUUUAACUCUAACUAAAUUACCAGGUGAUUUUCGUAAAAAAUUGAUGCACAAGAGGAAAUACAUUUUCAAUAUAUUUGAAGAAUUACAUUCAUUGAGUCAUAUGGGACUAGUGAAACUUGAUUAUAUGGAAUCAUAUCCAAAGGAAACCGCUAAAAUUAGUAUAAUUACCACGACAUCAUUUAUGGACUGUGGUACUGUGAAAGUUUAUAAUUUUAAAACUCUUGCUGAUGUGGAAACUUUCAAUGGUGAUCUAUCUUACCAUUGUUCUCGAGCUGAUUGUAAUAAUUGCUCACUUGAUCCUCGACUGUUUGCCCAUAAUCAACGGAAUUGGACCUAUUCACCAUCAAUACGAAAUCAUCUUAUGAGUGAAGUUAUCACUCAUUCAGGUCGAUUAAGAACUAGUCUCGCUUAUUCCCCAAGCGAUAAUAGAGCUCGAUUAGAAGCCCUAAAAUGUAAAUAUCCCAGUCGUAAAAGGUCAUUUACUCAUGUUGAGGAAACUUCGUUACCUUUGGCAAUCGUUGGUGAAAACGGGUCAAUAGAGGAAAAUCAUAAUGAGACCUCCGUUAGUUUGGUACCACCGGCAAAAAAGAUGAAGAAACAGUCAACUAAAGGAAAAUCAUCUUCUAAAUCAACAACAUUGAUUGAGAAAGUUAAAGACCCUAAAAGAUUAUCAAGGCCCAAGAGAAAACGUCAUCUUUUAUACGAUGAGACGGAUAUUAAAGCGAUCGAAUUGAUGAAAAAACGUCGAGUCCAAUGGAGUAAAGAGGAAGAUUCAUUUCUUCUCAUGUGUCGAAUUGCAUCAAUCUUAUUAGAUCCAUCGUGUCCAACUUUUGUCUGUGUCUCUGGUAGUUUAAUUCGCGACGAAUUGCACAAAUAUUUGCCCGAAAUUUCAAUGGACAAAACAAUUCGAGCCUGUCAACGUCGCCUUAACUAUAUGUUGAAAAAAUCAAGAACCCGAGAAAAUGUAAUCGAAUGGGUUUCCGAUGUAAAACAUGAAAUCGAUAGUCUAAACAUUGGUCGUCCUUCAACACCCAAAUCGGAUACGAAAGCUUGGUCUGGUGCUUUUCUUAAAUAUCUUCACAUUUUAUUGACCAAAUUCCAGGCUUACCAUUUGAACCUUUCAUCGGCCUCAACAACACAAAUGACGCCAACCUAUGAAACACUGGAACAAUUAAAGGCCAAUCAUAAGAUAAUUGAAUCUCACAGUUCAAUUUUACCACAAAAACCUGAUCUCUACACGGAACCAGAAAAUAUAGUUGAUAUUUGUGUUUCCGUUAUUCAAAAUGUAAUCACGUCAACAUUGAUGUACAAUGUUCACGUAGUCAACAGAUCCACUGCGGUAAACAAUUAUUCACAUACACUUUUUAAAAUUUACCAAUGUUAUCCUGAUGUACUCAUACGAACGGUACUCGAUCGACUUUCAAAGAAUCGUAUCAUGACCAAAGUGAGGAAAUGGGCCACUUCGACAAGCGCUACCGUUGCAUUUAAAACUCGUGGACUUGCACCUUAUAAGAUAUCACAAGCUUAUCUUUUCAAAUUGAAGACUAAAUUUUGCAUGGACACAUUGACCAUUCCUAUUGAGGAUAAAGUUCUCACAUUUGAAGAUAAUGGUGUCCGUACUCAAGUUCCAAUUAUAUCAAACCUUUUUACCACUAAUUUGGCCACAUUUAACAUAACGAUUCCCGAUAAUUUUGUCUUCAUUGAUAAAGGAAAACUGGAAAACCGUAAUCGCGCUGAAAUACCACAACCACUAAAUUCACCUCCUUUAGCCUUACCAUCACCUCAAUGUUCAACAUCUACUAAUCUAGUGACAGAUUCGCCAUCAACUGCUCUUGUUGCGAAAACUUCAAAUGAAAACGUUCGUGCUAUAUUUGAAGAUCCCAAAUUGGCUUCUCGAUUUGCCUUAUAUUGUUUCCGAGAGAAACUUUUUGACGACACUUUUGUUAGUAAACAACAUUGUCAAGAUUAUCUGGCAAUUAAAUCGUGUCCAGUUUUAUGUACGAGUAAAGAUAUUACUUUGAAUACCGAUAAAUUUAUGGAGCUAUUAAGUACUCAUGAGGUGAAAAAAGCGGACACCAAAUCUCCAUGUAACAAUAUAAUUCCAGAUGAAUAUGUGGACCUUGUUAACUUUAUUUCAAACUUUCAAGAAACCGGAGCAACGGAAGAGGAUAUUUACAACUUUUGUGACCAAAGUUGGCCUGAAGAAGCGAUUACAAACUUGAUCUCUAUCGGUGAAAUUUAUGCUGUCGGUGUAAUGAAAUAUCGUUUUGUUCACCAGUCUCAUGUUUACCAUUGGUUAGUUCAUUCAUAUUCUAGUGGAACUGGAUCAACGGAAGCGGACAGAUCAAAAGCGAUCUGUUUUAUACCCAAACUAUGGAAAGACGCAUAUGGAAAUGUUCACAAGCCGAUAUUGUUUAAUUAUCUUUCCUUCGUCCUGGGAACACUUCUUCUUAAACCAGGAAUCACGGAAGAAAAAUUAUUCAUUGAAUGUUCUGAUAUUUUACCUCCCGUUCAAGUGUUAGACAUAAUUAAACUUCUCGAUUCGCUUGGUUGUAUUGAAAAAAUUAACAUGAUACAAUCAAAAUCGAUAAGUUUAUUUGACAAUUCAGAUGAACUUGAUAAUGAAUAUUAUGAGAAUUUAACAUCAGAAACUAUUCUUAAUGAAAUUGAUCACAAUUCAAAUCAAUCGAUGAAAAAACAAUCUAAUUUAAAAAAUGUUACCUUUUAUAAAGCAACACCAAUUUCAUUUAUUAAUCUUUGUCAAGUGAAAGCAAUUUUAAAAGUCUAACAAGAAACAUAUAAACUGUAUAAAUAUAUUAUCAACAAGCUGCCAAGUGAUAAACUGAAUUAAAUUACAACAACAAUUUUACGAAUUAA